CCGUAGACCUAACUGGAUAUACUUGACGCCGGAAUCAGACUACAUUUCCCGUGAGCAUAUGCAGCUCAAGAGCUGCCUCCGCGCAUACAGCAUUGAAUCUUAGUUGACGGUGGCUGAAAGAGGACAAUGGUUUCCAUGUCAGCGAGUAAACGCACUGGUCUAAGCGCCUCAAUGGCAGGGAGCAUGUUGUAGUGUGUACUGAGGAGACAGGAAACAGCUAAGGGACCCGGCGUCUAAAAGAGCCAGAACCAUGAAGCGCCGAGGCUUAGUGGCUGGGCCAGACUUUGAAUAUUUCCGGCGGCGGUAUUUCACGCCGGCGGAGGUGGCACAACAUAACCGGCCUGAAGACCUUUGGGUGUCUUACCUGGGACGUGUGUACAACCUAACCCCAUUGGCACAGGAGUAUAAGGGGAGUCUGCAGCUGAAACCCAUCCUGGAAGUUGCAGGCCAGGAUAUCAGCCACUGGUUUGACCCAAAAACCACAGACAUCCGCAAGCACAUAGAUCCGCUAACGGGCUGCCUGAGGUACCGCACCCCGCGGGGCCGCUUUGUUCAUGUCCCGCCUCAGCUGCCGCGUUCGGACUGGGCUAAUGAUUUCGGGAAGCCCUGGUGGAAGAGGUCGCAAUACGAGGUGGGGCUGUUGUCUGCCAAGACGCGGAAUAUCUGUAUUGUUAACACACUUACGUCGCAGGAGCACAUACUGGAGGUGGGGGCUAUGGAGUCAAUGUGGGAAAUUCUACACCGCUAUCUCCCUUACAAUGCACAUGCUGCCAGCUACACCUGGAAAUAUGAAGGGAGGAACCUGAACAUGAAUUGUACCCUGGAAGAAAAUGGGAUUCUAGAUGAGGAGGAAGAGUUUGACUAUCUCAACAUGGACGGGACGCUCCACACGCCUGCAAUACUGCUCUACUUCAAUGAUGACCUCACAGAGCUAUAGGAAAGAUGUGCGCUCUUAUAGACUCAAGACGUAUUUUGAGUUUGCCUUUAUCUGUGCCUUGAGGAAGACGUCAGGGUAUGGGGUGCUAGGACUUAGACCUCCAUUUCCUCUUGGAUCUGGCUUGUGGUUGAUUCCUUUGCUCUUUUCUUUUCUUUCUUUUUCUUUUUUUUUUUUUUUGUACCAGGCAUCAAACUCACAAGCUUGCACUUGCUAGGCAGGUGCUUUGCUGCUGAACUAAACUCCCAGCCCAAUUCCUUUGUUCUUAUGAGGAAUAAGACUGCUAUUCUCAGGUCCUUUAUGCUUUGCUCUGAGAAAGUUAGGGAGAAUGCUAGAAGUGAACUAAUCUUUAGGAAUGACACAAGGAAACAUAGUAUCUCAGAUUAGGGAAAUGAAAGGGAGGAAAGUCAGAUGGAACUAAGGUAGAACUUUUUAAUAGUAAGAAAAGUCCUACAUGGGGUUGAGGGAAUAGAACAUUUUUGCCAAUCAUAGAAAUGGGAUGGCUGGGGAAUACAAGAUUUAUAAAGACAAGAAUGGGAAAUAACUAUCAUUGACCUUGCAGAAAUGUAUUAUCUCCCUCUGGAGGAGUAUUGGGCAGCUGACACACAAGAAAAUAAAUGUUAUCAGGUAAUUCAACAUAGGUAUUAUGCUGGAUGCUUUAUGCAUCCUUUUUUUAUGACAAUUGCCCCAUAAGGUAAAUGGCACUAACACUAUUUCACAACUAAGUCUUUUUAACUUUAGAAAGUGUCAGUAGCACAAAGGAAAUUGGUUAGUAACUAGGUUGUAAGUCCAAGUGUAUUUAGCUCCAAAGAUCACAUUCUUUUUCAGUGUAAAGAGACUGUCUCAAUGUCUGAUCUCAUGCUAGCAUUUGUAACCACUGCCCUCAGAAUAAGCAUUUGGGAUGUAGAUUUGUCCUAAGUGUGUUACACUGUGGGAAACCACAGGACUAUUGUGUCAUCACACACCUAUUUAUUGGAAUUAAUUGGUAGAGUACUGCAGGGGCAAAGGGGGCAGGGAAGGCCGAGUGUCAGCCAGGCAGUAGCUAUUGAAGCUGCUUCUUUGUUAAUUCCAUAGCAAAAUUUCUUUACUAACUUUUUUGAAGCAAACAGAAAAUUUAUUGACUAAAGUUAAAACUAGAGUGGGAAAAGGGCCUGUAGAUUUGGACACUUUGAUGAGAGAGAGCAAAAGGAAGCACUUUUUCUUCCCCACCAACAGGCCUUGCUCCUUGGAGAAGGUGAGGACUACAGAGUUGAUUUUGUAAAAUAGUGACUCCAAAAGACGGACUUGAUAGAAGUCAUGUAAACAGAAGAGUUAAGUAAAACAGAAAACCCUUCUACUGAACAAAAGAGAACUACCAAUGGUUAGAUUUGAUUUAACAGGCCUUUAAACAGGGGACAGGAAUUGAGAAAAACAGACAGGUAAACUCCCAGCAGCAGCAGCCAAAAAUGAAUCAGGAAGAAUUCAGAGUAUCUUCUUGGACAAGAACCGUAGCCCCCAGUGCAAGAGAACGUGAUCCCUCUGAGAUACUAGGGGGCUGCACGUGAGUUUUCUGAGGAGCUGAGAAGCACGAACAAGGGCGAAGGUAUCUCUGUUGACUUCUGCAGUGUCUGAAUUCACUGAGGCUUAAGGCUUCUGUUAGUCCCAUGCAAUGCAGGGACCCAUGAAUUACCUGAAUCAAUCACUGUGAUGUUUAAUCAAUUCUGCAGUGAUUUUAUGUGUAUCUUCAACUAAAACCUACGCUAUUCAAGAACCAAAGCUAUGUAGUUUUUCUUAUGCCAGACUCAGGGCCCAUGCCUAUGCGAUGUGCUUAUUCUGCCCAAACUUGUUUCUUUUUUGUAGUAUAUAUCAUAGUUUUAGUACUUGUUGCCAGAAAUAUUGCUUUCUUCAUAUACCCAAGUAGAAGCUGAGUAUGGUGACUCUGGAAGCGGAAGUAGGAGGAUGGCCAUGAGUUCGAGGCCACCCUCAGCUACAUAGCGAGUUCAAGGCCAAGCUGGACUACACAGCAAGACUCUUGUCUCAAAAACCAAAACCACCAAGCAGAAUCUUAUCUCCUAGGUAUCUCUGGAAUCCACUUCUCUUCUCUGAAUUAUCAUCACUUGUUGUCUACACUGUUGGGGAAAUUUCCUAACUGCUGCUCCCCCAUUUCCACUUAUGCUCUCCAUGCAAAGAAUCAGACUGAGCUCUGAAAAAUCAAAACAUCUUACUUCCCUCAACUUCUUCAGUGGCUCAUUCUGGAAUAGUUUUAAGUUCAAAGACCCUGCAUACAUCAGGUCCUGCCUACUUUGCCUAUUCUAACACUGCUCUCUGUCCUCUGUGUCCGUGCCCCACUGGGUGAGUCUCAUUUCCUUAAGUGCCCCCCCCCAUACCAGAGAUGGACUUAGUGUCUUCUUGCUUCCAAGCCUUGACAAAGACUGUUUUCCCUGCUCACCACUCCCUUUCACUUUCCACCUAGUUGAUCCUAAAUAUUUCUUCCUUAAGGAUGCUUUUCUGAUUUCCCAAGAUAGGUUAAGACUUUGUUAUAUCUUUACCACUAUGCAUUUUCCAGAGUUCUUACUUUGUAAAAUUUUGGAUGUAACUGAAAAGUUGGCUGGUAGAUUGUAAGCUCCUAAGGGCAGAAGUUUAGUCCUUGUUCUUCACUGUAUUCUCAUUGCUGGGCACACAGCUGUUCAAUAAAUUUGGACGGAAUGAA